UUUUUAGUUGCUCAACUGUCUGCUUUUACUCAAGUUAAUUUUUGACAGUACAGACGUACCUUCCUCCCCAGCACACAGAGUUGUAGACACUCAUCUGAUUGAAUGUGUUAAGAAAACUGUUGGAUUCUGCCUAAAACAAGAACAUGUUAAAAAUGAGGACUGCGGCUUUUAUAGCUACCAUCAUCAUCAUUCCAAAUCUGACAGCAGACGCAGGCAAGAAUUAUGAAAAAGAGAAAGUGUGUGGAGGACUCCGCAACGUUGGUGCCAAGAACUUCAAAAUGGUAGUCAUAGCGCUGUACAGCCAGAAGUUUCCAAACGGAACGCUUGAGGAGGUGAGCAGUGUGGCUGAUGAAAUGACCAAACUAGCAGAAGAAUGCUGCCAAGACAACGCAAGUCCAGACUGCUACGACAAGGGGGCUACACAGAUCUCAGACAAGUCAUGUGGGAAAGACUCUCCAUUCCCUAAGCACCCUGGCAUCGAGCAGUGCUGCACCGUCCAAGGCCAUGAGAGAAGACUGUGCCUGGCUACUCUGCGCUACUCUUCAGACGAGCUGCCCUCAAUGAUGGAGCCCAUGCCUGAGGAGAUCUGCACUCAGUACACAAAGGACCCCAGCGGCUACGCCAUGAGGUAUGUGUACGAGUCUGCCCGGAGACACCGGAGUAUACCAGCAGGUUUUAUCCUCAACACAACUCAAAAUCACGUGCAGACGGCAGAGAAAUGCUGCAGUCCAGCAGCUUCUACGCCCUGCUUCUUUAAAGAGAGAUUUCAGCAGAGAAGUUCUACCAUCUUCCUGAGAUUCCUCUCCAAUGUCUGUAACAACCAAGUGAACCUCAAAUCCUACCAAACUGGAUUGACUGCAUAUGUUGGAGGUGUCCUGAAAAUACCCUUUGAGGAGGCACUGGUCGUUUCGAAGCAUUUCCAGUCUGGGCUUGCAAAAUGCUGUUUACUGCCCCAGCCUGAAUGUGUCAUUGAAGAGUUCACCAGCUUCCAAAAGAUCCUCUGCAAGGAAUCGAUACUUGGCACCAUGUCUGAGGAAUUCCAGAAGUGCUGCAGCAAGGCCCCUCUAGACACCCUCACCUGCGUGGACAAUCUGAAAAGAGAACCUCGGACAUCUCUGGACAUGACCGAAGUCACUACAGCGCAGCUCUGCGAGAAGAACCAGCCAAACAACACUGACAGAUAUUUGUUCCAGAUUGGAGUGAAGCAUGCAUCAGUCUCGCUCCCGGUGCUGACGACCAUACAAGAGGAGAUAAGGAGCACAGUAUCUGCCUGCUGCUCAGCUGCCGACUCCACAGUCUGUCUGAAGGAAAAGGAGAGUAAGUUGGAGAAGACAGCUGCUCUACUGUCCAAGACAGACGCCUUCUGCUCGCAGUACUUCAAGCUCGAGUUGCCUUCCUUCAAAACAAUGGUCCAACAGGAGGUCCAAGGGGAGGGGGCCGAGAGUCGAGGCCAGGCGUGGGUGGAGCUGGCCACCGCCUGCUGUUCCCAGCACUCUCCUGCACAGCUGUGCCAAAAGCUGACAGAGGCGAUCAUUAAGCACGAGGAUGACGCUGCUGCUUGAACAUUCAUCAGAGCCAUCAGAGAUCCUGGGCGUAAUCAAAUGAGCAUCAUGAACACAAAGCGUUUAAUUAUUCCUCCUUAAAUAGAAAACGGGCUUCUAGCGAACUUAAUUGUUCCUGCAGUCUCUGAAUAAACUGGAGUAAGCAUGUG